AUGAAAGAAGCAAUGCACAGACAUGUUUCGUGGAUAAUGGUAGAACAGUAUAACACAGAGUUUCUUUGCAGAAGAAGCACUGCACUUUAGUUCACUUUCGUUUUCGGUCCAAAGUGAAAGUAAACAUUAGCCUCUGUUUGAGUUGCGUUUUCAUCGUAGAACGCUAGCUGCGAUUGAAGAGAAUCACGUGAAAUCGAAACAUUCUCCGCUUUGGUGAAAGAUGGCUGACGGCCAAAACAGCAACAGCUCCGGGAAGGUGUUGAAUCCCGAAAUAAUGCACAAGGGCAAAGAAAACUCAGAUGCGGCAGGCGGUGAAAGCAGCAAACCCCUCAGACAGAUGACAGAACCGCUUCAGCCUGAAGUGAUGCACAAGAGCAAAGACAGCCCAGAAUUGUCUGUGGGCCACAGAAACAGCUCCCAGCAGAUGAAAGAGUUGCUUCAGCCCGAAAUAAUGCAUGAGGGAAAAGCAAGCUCAGUUCAGACAGGCUGCUCAUCCCCUGGACCCCUCUCCUCUGGACCUUCCACCUCUGCUCCUUCCACCUCUGGACCCUUUACCUCUGGACAUUCCUCCUCUGCAACCUCUUCCCAUGCACCCUCCAGUUCCCAGGAUGUUAUAAGUGUUAGACAGGCUCAGGGGGAUACGGCAGCGAGGAAGAACAGGGAGGACGGCCCUUCAUCGUGUUUUCUUCUGAACGAUAUGAAGACACUUUCACAAGGUGGCAACAAGCUGGGAAGCCUGGACUUCAGCAAAACGCACACUGUCCUUGUAGAUGUGGCUGUUUUCAACUGUGGAGGAGGGCCUAUGCCUCAGGACGGAAGAGACUUGUGGCACAGUGACUUUGUGAAGAUGCCUUGUUCUCCGUCGAGUACCAUGAAGACUGGAGCAGUGAAGCAAUCCACCAAGAUUAGGUGGGAAGUGAUCUCCAAGCAGCUGAGCUCUCUGGCCAAGAAGACGACAGCAAGCGUCAAUGAUUUGGAGGAGGCUAUCAUCAAAUAUAACCCCAAGUACAAAGGUCAGUGGUCCUUUGAUGCCCUCUCCAGCUUGGUUACAGUUGUCCCGAAAGAAGAUAAUUACUUGCCCCAACUGUUUCCAAAGAUCGCUGCACUGGCCUUGAGGCUGCCUGUGCUCGUGAAGAAGGCAAUCCCACUGCUUAAGAGAGGACACACCGCCGCCAUCACCCUUUCUCAAACUCAGAUAGCCUGCCUGCUCGCCAAUGCAUUUUUCUGCACUUACCCUCACCGCAACGCCUCCGGUCCUAAAGCAGAGUACCACAACUACCCCUCCAUCAACUUCACCAGUCUAUUUGGUAACUGGUCAUCCCGGAAGAAGGAGAAGCUGAGGGCCAUCAUGCAUUACUUUCAGACAGUUAUAGCCAAUGAACCAAAAGGACUGGUGACUUUUCAGAAACGCUGCCUCAGAGACACCGACUUACCCAAAUGGGGAAGCUCUAACGACAAGAUGCCUAGACUGCACGUUACAUCUCAUGGCACCAUUGAGACUGAAGGCACAGGAAUGCUACAGGUGGAUUUCGCCUCCAGCUGGAUAGGUGGAGGUGUGCUUGGUUCUGGUCUGGUGCAGGAGGAGAUCCUGUUCGUCAUAAAUCCAGAGCUGAUCGUGUCCCGCCUCUUCACUGAGAAACUUGCAGACAAUGAGUGUCUGGUCAUUACAGGCUCUCAGCAGUUCAGCAGUUACUCUGGUUUCGGGGACAGCUUCGAGUGGAUGGGCCCUCAUGAGGAGCGCCUCGGAAGAGAUGAGUGGGGUCGACUGAAGAGGCAGAUCGUAGCCAUCGACGCUUUGAACUUCAAACACAAAAGGGAUCAGUACAACAUGAUCACUGUCACACGGGAACUACUCAAGGCGUACUGCGGAUUUAAGGGUCAUCGGCAACAUGAGCCCGACAUCGCUACAGGCAACUGGGGCUGUGGAGCUUUCAAUGGAGAUAAACAACUGAAAGCUGUGAUCCAGCUGAUGGCAGCAGCACAGGCAAAGAGAGGUCUGGCCUUCUUCACCUUUGAGGAUGAAAAUCUGAAGCAAGGCCUGCAGCAGACGUACCACCUGCUGGUCAGAGAAGGAACUACAGUUGAGAAACUGUACAGACUCCUCGAAGACUACUGUGCUGCUCAGACAGCGUCCUGCGAUUCACAUGUUGAUCUGUUUGAGUUCAUCAGGAUCAACAUCACACCUUCCAGUCAGCUGUGAGGACUGAUUCAUCUUAACCGCUGCGUCUGAAUUUGCACUUAAAUCUAACAGGAAUGUUUUAGUAACAGAAGUGAAGUAGUGUCCUAAUUGAUUAAAGAUCAUUUCUACCUUAUUUUGAUUGUUGAUAGCGUAGCGAUAGCAAAGAAAUGUCGGCAUAGAGAGAUAUGAUGUGUAACACAGAAGAACAUAACAUGGUUAUUGAACAAGGCGGUUUUCAGUUACAUGGUACAUGCUUUUAACAAGGAUAUAGAUCUUGUUGUAGAAGUGCAGUUUCAAUUAAUCCAGAUGGUGUUUUUGAUUUUUGUUUUUUACGCUUUUAGAAUUUCCCAAAACCUCCUGAAGCUAAAAUAGUUCCCUAGGAAUUUCUCCCCCAAAUAAAUAUUUCUAAAAGUGAAUCUUAAUAGUAAUUUUAGCUCCAUCAGUUGCUCUAAAGCCUGAGAGAAGUUAGCGUUAGACCAGUACUCUCACACUCUACUACCUCUUAAUGUACUACUUAAUAUUAAAGCCGUUUCAAAUCUUCUGAGAUACAUAAUGAUGGAAUAACACGUGACUUAAUAAAAAUUAAUAAAGAUUGAAA